AUGGGUCUGUUAGCCUAUCUGAAGACCCAGUUUGUUCUGCAGCUCCUCCUGGGUUUUGUGUUCGUGGUGAGCGGCCUCAUCAUCAACUUCAUCCAGCUCCUCACCUGCGUCCUGUGGCCCAUCAACAAGCAGCUGUACCGCAGGAUCAACACCAGGCUCUCCUACUCCCUCUGGAGCCGUGAGUCCCCACACUAUAAUUGUUGUGUGUGUGUGUGUGUGUGUGUGUGAGAUCCUGUGUGUUUGUGGUGUAUGCUUGAUUGACUGUGUAUUUGUGAGAUCCUGUGUGCAUUAUAAGACCUUGUGUCACACCUCAAAAGGAGACCUUGUAAAAGAAUGGAUCUGGUGAUUCGAUAUUGAUAGUUGUGACUCCGUUGACAAUAGUUGAGUCGAUUAAUUUCUAUAUUUGGACUUGUUGCAGAGCUGGUGAUGCUGCUAGAGUGGUGGUCGGGCACAGAAUGCACCCUUUACACAGACCAGGCCACGGUGGAUAACUUUGGCAAGGAGCAUGUCAUCAUCAUCCUCAACCACAACUAUGAGAUUGACUUCCUCUGCGGCUGGACGAUGUGUGAGAGAUACGGAGUCCUAGGGGUCAGUAUUUUCUGUCUCUACUAUCUACUAUUCAUCAGUCACUAAAUGGGGGUCAUCUCAAUAGUCCAAAGUCAGCGGCUUCCCCACUUUCUCCUUUCUAUUAUCAGCCCUGAUCUGAAAGAAUCAGACCAGUGAAACCAAAUGAUGCCUUCCACAUGGCUUUAAACUGUUGUGCAUUUUCAGAUUCCGUAGCAAGAAAGAGAUGAGAUUGAUCAUAGAGAAAGACUUCAGGACUUUUACCGUUCCCACGCUUUCUUUUCUACCCAGAGUUCCAAGGUGCUGGCCAAACACGAGCUGCUGAAAGUGCCUCUGAUUGGCUGGACCUGGUACUUCCUGGAAAUCGUAUUCUGCAAGAGGAAGUGGGAGGAGGACAGAGACACCGUGUUCAGAGGUCUGGACAGACUCAAAGACUACCCUGAGUUUAUGUGGGUUAGUAUGGCUCAUUUAGUUAACCCUUUACACUCAUGGGAAUUGGCCUAUACGGAGAGGGCUAAAUUAAAAUGUUUCUUACAGAAGAAAUAUGAAAAGCAUAAACAUAAGAUUUGUAGCAAUUGAAACAGUUAGGAGAUUAUGGGGAAAUUAUUACACCUGAAGUUGAGGACCCAACAGUUCACCUUACACAAUACUGAAUCCAAACAUUACACUUGAUUUUAUGUGCAUUUUAUAUAUACUGUACUUUUCGCCACAUUUGUUGAUAACAGAAUCUGAAAAUUAUCUGGAUACAUUCAGUAGCAUAAGAAUAUUCAUCUCCAAUACUUCACACAGUUGUGUCAAGUUGGCUGGAUGUCCUUUGGGUGGUGGACCAUUCUUGAUACACACAGGAAACUGUUGAGUGUGAAAAACCCAGCAGCAUUGUAGUUCUUGACACAAACCAGUGCACCUGGCACUGUUGUAGAAAAUUAUCAAACAAACAAAGUACUUUCAGAGUUUUUGUAGAAUCAAGAUAGACUUUAUUACACAAGCAAUAGAGCUGAGCUGGUCUGCAGAGCAACUGCCGUCCCAGACUUGGAGCUCUCUUUUUAUACAGCUUCAUCUUUUCAUAUCAUAUCUGAGCCACUAUGGUUUCUUUGUCUAGCUUCUUUCCUGUCUAUCCCCAUGUCUGCUUGGUAUCCUUUUCACAUCAUAUCGGAACCCCCUCUUUAUCCAAACAGUCACCUUCCCUUGACCUGAAGCCACUAUGGUUUUCUUCUUGUGGCUAUGUGUAUCGGGUCAUAGCGCACAAACAAGUGAUAACGUUAGUUCUGUUACUACUCAUAUCUCCACACAGCUGCGCCCUUGGAAGAUAGUAAAAGACAGGAUGAACAGAAAAACUGUGGUCAUUCUGAGGCUCUUUGUCUUGACCGUGUGACCAGGUUACUCAGAAGCAAUGAGAAGUGGAAACAAUACAGGUCUAUCUCCAUCCCAUGGCCUUGACUACACACCAGACCAGCUGCAGAGAGCUAGAGGGAACCAUCCUUUCUCAGAAGCACGGCAUUUGCACUAAAGAAAUGCCUCUACUAUUGUUAAGCAUAUUAUAAUAUAUGUAAUGGAAAAAUACCUAUAGAGCCACUUCAUCAUGGGUCUGUUUUAACCCUUUAAUUGGUUCUUAAUCCAUAGGCAUAUAGGCAUUUCAUUCUACAACAUGAAUAAUUCAUAUAAUUAGUUUAUGUUGUCUGCCCUUAAAUGAGACAGAGUAGUUAACUAAAAAUCUCCAAUAGCACCUACUACCAUACCCCGUUCAAAGGCACUUAAAUAUUUUGUCUUGCGCAUUCACCCUCUGAAUGGCACACAUACACAAUCCAUGUCUCAAUUGUCUCAAUGCUUAAAAAUAUCUCCUCCCCUUCAUCUACACUGAUUUGAAGGUGAUUUAACAAGUGACGUCAAGGGAUCAUAGCUUUCACCUGGAUUCACCUGGUCAGUCUGUCAUGGAAAGAGCAGGUGUUCCUAAUGUUUUGCAAACUCAAUGUGCAAUGCAUAGGCCUAUUAUGCACGGCAGAAAAGCAUAAAAAAACAACAACAUAGAUUUAAGAUGUCUUUGGCACAUAAUUGGUCUAGCCUUUACUCCAAAAUCUUAGUUGGCCUACAAUUACAGUGAAUUUGUUUUUGAAUAGCCUAGCAAUGGGGAUUAUUUUUUUCCCAAAGUUAAUAGACUGACACACAACCUUUUUAGCUACAGAAUCUCACCACUAUGAGUUUCCAUCUCCUACUCACUCUCCUUCAUUCCUUUCUCGAGCACGUAGAGAGAGGGGCAGUCAAAGGAUUUAAUGAAAUAUGUUUUGUUGUGAAAACAUGUUACUAUUGAUGUUCCCGAACAGAUUCCACUUAGUUUCCCAAGUUAAGCACUGCAGGAACAUGGUUGGAGAGCCCAUGGCAUACAGAGUUUGGGCGGAAUAUCACCCGUCGUGCAGCGAGAGGCUGCAUGCUCCUCAAAUAAUGGUUGAUGCGUGGUGUGAAAUAAGUGUUCUUAUAAACCCAGACAUUUCUAUAUGUAAUCCUGUGUGAAAGCGGAGUAUUGAUGGUUGCCACUAAAAAGAGGACGAUCCCAGCUCCGACUAUUUUUCUCAGCUGCUAGUAUUAAGCACAUGCUUCGCUAUAAAACCGGAAUAGCUUACCCGGCAUGAUUUGAAAAACGAACUGUGGAGAGCGGCCUCUAUUCGCUAUUCGAGUGCAUACGGAUGACAUUAAUUUUUUCCCCCUGCCCAUUUGACAAUGGGCCGUUCUAAAUCAAAACGUAUUGUACAUAUCACCAUCUAAAUCUAGCAUAUGAUGACCUGUUUCAAAUGAUCACCUUUUCGCUCAAUAUAGUCAUUUCAUAUGCGCACUUGCUCCGAAAUGGGAAAAAUAUUAUUUAUUUUAUUCAGCUAAGUUCAAUUAUAUUCUUCUUACUAUAAAAUAUAAAAUAAUGGUACGCGACUUAUAAGCAUAUAUUUUCUGCUAAAUGAACUAGCCUAUGGAAAGGCGCAUAGCCAGAUAAUGUAUAGGCCGACUCAUUCUGUUCUUCUGAAAUGCAUUUAUCAUCAUAAUGUUUCUUUAGACCUGCUUAAAAUAAAUCAUAGAUUUAUUGUGAUGGUGAAUAUUAAAUGGAUUUAAUAGACUUUUCUGUAUGUAGACGUUCCAAAGGCUCACAUCAGCGGCUUGUGUGCCUAGAGACCUGGAGAUGCUAAACAUGUUUAUGUUAAUUAACGGUCAAUUACCUUGAGACCGGUAGUCAUUUGCAUGACAAUAACCAGCAAAUUGUCAUGACAGCCCUUGUCAUGAGUGCAUUCAGGUAUGUGUUCCACAGCGAAUAUUCUUCACAAUAGACAAACAGGCCCAUUCUGUUCAGGACAACCCAGGAUGUGAUGCCAUGUCAUCUUGUAACUGUAAAUCAAACAUAGUGAUCAUAAAGGUUGACACUGUAUAUGUGAAGUGCACAUUUGGACUCAUGAGUGUUUGCCUUGCUUCUAUGAUAUCAAAGUGGUAUUUAUUAUAAUCCUCAACAUUUCAUCUUUCAAAAUACAUUGAGUCCUCUUAAUUUACAGCAUUUCCCUCACUCGGACAACAAAAAAGUUGCCCAAUUAGCGGGAGGGAUGGGUGUAACGUCUUGUCACGUGUAUUGCUCAAGUUCAGAACGGCUGUCAGUCAAAAACCAUACAGAGCUGUAAAGUGCAGCGCACUGCGUUCCAAUGUAGGCACUUAUCAGUGCCCAAAUCUGCCCUUUUCAACCCGUAUACAGGUACGAGUGUAAAGGGCUAAGGCCUAAAUUUUUCUAUCCUGGGCCAGAUGACUCAAUUUUUUGUAAUUCUGCCAGCUCUUAACCACCAUUUACAAAACGAUGAGGGUAGCGCACAUUAGGCCCAGACAGGUCGUACAGUGAAUCUACACACAGGACUGAUCCUUGAGCUCCCGGCCAUAACAAGUCAUUGGACUAAGUCCAGGAGUUCUGUCUUGUCCGGAGCAGGUCUAGUUAGUGUUAUUCACCAAGCUGAGACGCCACAGGGGAAUCUAGGUCAGUGAUUCUGGUCUGGUUCCUAAUAGCCCUCCCUAAAGAUCUUUAGACGCAUGCUGUUGCUCAGGCUGCAAGCUUCCACUUCCACCGCUUGUUAUGGUUACCGGGAACGACCAGAGAGAUUUUGCCAAUCAGGUCGUCUGAUCUGAUUUAAGCGACACCUAGGAAAAAACCCAGUCACAUGACUGACCAACUCACCUCAGGGACAGGAGGACAACAAGAUGUGCAGUGUUGUUUUCUUUGAAACACUCUGUCUGAGAAUGUACAUUUUAGUGACCCUGUACCAACUCUAAAUGGAAGUCCUUGAGAUGAUAAGAUAAUAACUUUAUUUAGAGUAGCGUUUCCUGGAGGUGCAUUUAAUCUGUAACACAAGCUGGCCCUGCUGGGAAGUCUAAGAGGAUAGAGGAAAGGAGGUCACCUCAACGGGUGUGUGCCUGUGUCUGAACCAGUAGUGUCUUGUGUAUUUCUAAACUUGUUUUAUCUUUGCGUAUGUUUCUCUAAGCUCAACAUAUGUGUGUCUGUGAAUCCUUUGAGUGUAUGUGUUUAUUGACACUCCUUUUCCUGUCUCCAUAGUUCCUGCUGUACUGUGAAGGCACCCGCUUCACAGAGAAGAAGCACCAGAUCAGUAUGGAGGUGGCAGAGAGCAAAGGCCUGCCCAUGCUCAAAUACCACCUACUGCCCAGAACCAAAGGCUUCACCACAACACUGAAAUGCCUCAAGGGCACAGGUGGGGCAUGCAUGCAUGCACACGUGGCGCACGCACACACAGUUCAAAAUAAGUUAACGUAUUAUUAUAGAUUUUCUGUUCUCCGUCUUUUAUUGUUUUUAGUAUCUGCCGUGUAUGAUGUCACACUGAAUUUCAAAGACCACCAAGUCCCCACUCUGCUGGGCAUAAUCAACGGCAAGAAAUACAUGGCAGAUAUGAAAAUCAGGUGGGUACUGAUCAAUAUGUAUGACCCUGUGAUUAUUACUUGAGCUGUUUCAAGCGAAAAACCCAUGACGUUCUGUUAGCCUCUUGGCUUUGUUCCAAGCACAUUGUUUUUUUAAUAGUAAGCGAGACAGUGGACUGCUCAAAACUGAGCCGGAAUCUUGCCUGAACACUCCUUUGAGUUGCUGGGGUAGUCCUGUCCUACCCAACCCGCAGAGGUAAAGAGAGGCUGAAAGAGGGAAGAUGGCAAAGAGAGGGGGCGCAGAAAGGGUGGAGGAGCGGGGCAUCGACAGAGAUCACGGAUGCCCUGUGGUGAAAAACAGGACUCGGCGACUCAUGUCCUUGAGACCAUAUUUAAAUCUUGAGUUACAGUACCAGCCUUCAGUAAAACCCCUAACUCUUAGAGAGAGAAGAAUAAAACUAUAAGAUUACAGAGAGCCAUUUGUCUUAUUGCAAUUUGAAAUGUUUAUUUUCUAAUCAUAGUGACCAUUUGAAUGACAACGUUCAAAGCCUUAAUUUCAUUGCCUUUAAAUUAGAUUACAUGGAGAGCCAGAUUAAAAACAGCUCCAGUGCAUGAAUGAGCCCUGUGUGAGGCUAAACGGGGAGAGUAGCCUGGUGUGGCAGAAACAGGUGCUUGUGGCAAAAUAAUACGUAAUGCUAUACAUCUAAAGGCUGUUAUAUGGCACUGUCCUACUGUAGGUGUCACUGUAUGAGGAGCUCCAUCUGAACCUUGUGUGAGUUUGCCCCCUGGUGGUGAGAUGUUGCUAUAGCAGACAUUCUCUACUCCAGGGUUCCCAAACUCGGUCCUGGGGCCCCCCCCAGGGUACACGUUUUGGUGUUUGCCCUAGCACUACACAGCUGACUCAAAUAAUCAAGGCUUUAUGAUUUGUUUUUUUAUUUGAAUCAGCUGUGUAGUGCUAGGGCAAAAACCAAAACAUGCACCAAGGGGGGGCCCCAGGACCGCGUUUCGGAAAACCCUGCAAUCUGUUGCCAUAGCAGACUCUCCCUGCCAUCUCCUGCAUUGUGUUGACUGCCUGCCUCCUCUGCUCCUUCUCUCUACAGGCGGUUCCCUGUAGAGGAGAUCCCAGAAGAUGAAAAGGAGUGUGCCAACUGGCUUCAUAAGCUUUACCAGGAGAAGGUAGGGCUCUUUAGUGCUUGAGUUAUAACUGAAUAUUGUUAAAUGUAGUUUUGUUCCAUGUACAGGUCUCACACAUGGAUAAACUUCUAUAUCAGAUGAGUUAGACACAUACCUUUAUUUGGAAGUAACAACACUAAAUAUGUUUAACCAGUUUGGUAGUACCUUGACAUUCAUUCGGUCUCCCUCUCCAGGAUGCUCUGCAAGAACACUACCAUAAAGAGGGCACUUUCCCAGGUCCCACCAUCACCCCUCCUCGCCGGUUGUGGACGCUACUUAACUUCUUGUUCUGGGCGACCCUGCUGCUCUCGCCCCUCAUAAACUUCGCCUGCGGUGUGGUGGUCAGUGGCUCCCCCCUCCUCAUCCUCGGCUUCAGCCUCUUCCUUAUCAUAGGUGAGUAGAGGGUACAUAACGUUUCCUCGUAACUCUUACCUUAGCCUGGGACUAUGAUCCAAUAACCAUGAGGUUUAUAGCUAACUAACACGUAUGGGAAUGUAACUAAAAUGUAGACUAAUGUGCAUAGUUCCUGACAACAUUGGUCCAUCAUCUGUCUAUCUUUUUGGUCCUCCUCAGCCUCUAUAGCCAUCCGGCGCCUGAUCGGUGUGACCGAGAUAAAGAAGACUGGCUCCAGUUACGGCGACGAGGGGGCUAAGAAACAGAACUAG